AUGGCAACUACAGGUAGCCUUAAGAACGGCGCUGAGUCCGGUCCGAGCCAUAUCAAUGUGACCACGGCCAAUGGAUACCACUUGGAUAGCAAUGGUACCACCAAUGGUCAAAACGGCCACAACGGCUCCACCCCCAGAUAUAACGGCUUUUCGCCUGCCUCUAUAGAUUCACGCCCGCAAACAUCGUCGUCUCGAUCUUAUCAAGAGGAACCUCCAUCCAACGGUAUCAGAUAUAGCAAAUCUCACAGGAUCCCGACAUUCGGUAUCCAUCAAGAGGACAACGCCCCUAGAUCCAGGAGCUAUGCCAACAUCCGCACAUAUGCCGACGACGCUCGCAGGCAAUAUCCUCGCAUAUCCAAGCCGGUUGAACUGAUGCGCAGCAGCUAUGACUGCGUUGUCAUUGGUUCAGGGUACGGCGGUGCUGUUGCCGCGUCCCGCCUCGCCCGCUGUCAGGAUGCUAACGGCAAGCGCCAGUCUGUCUGUGUACUGGAGCGGGGGCAGGAGAAAUGGCCUGGUGAAUAUCCUACGGGUGUUCUCGAUGCCUUUGACGAGGUUCACGUUUCCGGCGAGUUCGCCCCUGGUUGGCUCCCCAGUACAACUGUCGAAAAGGGUGACCCGACCGGCAUGUACCACUUGAUCUUCGGAAAGGGAUUGAACGCCCUUGUCGGCAACGGCCUGGGUGGCACGAGUCUGAUGAACGCUAACGUCUUCCUGGAAGCAAAUGAGGCCACAUUGUCUAUGCCAAUAUGGCCCAAGGCCAUCAGAGAAAACCCGGGAAGUCUGAAGAAGUUCUACCAGAGAGCCAGGGAUGUUCUUGAACCUACUGAAUACCCAGACGACUGGCCCGAACUCCCCAAAGUUAACCUCUUCAAGAAGCAGGCGGCCGCUCUUGGCAUGUCUAGCAAGUUCAAGAUGGUCCCUCAAACAACCAGAUUCCGCAAUGGUCCCAAUAGUACUGGUGUGGAAAUGUCGCCGUCAGCCCUGACCGGCCAGGACUGUACUGGUGUCAAUGAUGGCUCCAAAACAACUACAUUAGUGACUUACUUGGCCGAUGCCUGGAACUGGGGCGCAGAAAUGUUCUGCGAGAGCGAGGUCCGGUUCAUCAAAAAGGCUGAUCCGCGCAUUGGUGGCUACCUCAUUUUCUUCGCCUGGCAUGGCCGUAACCGAGGUCACUUCAAGGCCAAUCUCCACGGAGACUUGAUGUGGGUGCAUGCCAAGGAGUGCGUCUUCCUUGGUGCCGGUGCUAUCGGUAGCACUGAGAUCCUCCUCCGUAGCAAAGAGAUGGGGUUGCCACUGAGUCCCCGCGUCGGCGAGAACAUGAGCGGCAACGGCGACAUGUUAGGCUUUGGGUACAAUAUGGAUGAAGAAGCGAACGCAAUCGGAAAGCCCUUCCCGAACCCGUAUAACCCCAUCGGACCCACCAUCAACUCUGUUAUUGAUGAUCGAGAAGGGCACGAGAACCCGCUCGAUGGAUAUGUCAUCCAAGAGGGCGCAAUUCCUCGUUCUUUAACGCCGUUCCUCCAGACACUUCUGGAGAUGAUGCCUGGCAGCAUUGAAGCCACUGGAGAACCGUUCCAGGAAAAGGUUCGCUCUGCAUUCGCUAGAUACUCGAGCCAUCUGUUCGGCGCGUAUCGCCAAGGUGGAUCUAUGGAUAAUACUCAGGUCUACCUAGUCAUGUCCCAUGACAGUAGCCAAGCGAUGCUCACCCUCAAGGACGACAAGCCAGUUCUGGAGUUUCUCGGGGUUGGCCGCAGCGAUCAUGUCCGCAAACUCAACGACCUGCUGGCCAAGGCCACACAGGCUAUGGGCGGAACUUUUGUCAAUAACCCUUUCCAUGCCUUGAUGGGAGGUCAGCAAGUCACCGUUCAUCCUAUCGGUGGAGCUUGCAUGGCCCGCGAUGAUACUGGAGCUACCGGUGUUACCAACGAUGUUGGCGAGGUAUUCGCAGGAGAUGAUGACGAGACGCAUCCUGGGUUCAUCAUCACCGAUGCCUCCGUCAUUCCUGGUGCCAUUGGUGUCAACCCCUUCGCCACAAUUACAGCCCUAGCUGAGCGUUCUGUCCACGCAUAUAUCCGCAGGAAAGACCUCAAGAUUCACCCCAACAAGAACGGUAUAUUGGACCUCUUUGGGGAGCCUCAGUUUGCGCCGAAAGAGCCCCACGACACUGCGGAGACGGAAAACGAGACUAAGAGAAUUGACGAGGCAAGCUCACUCAUUCGCCACGCCGACCAGUCCAAGGCCGGAGGAUUUGGCUUCACCGAAGUUAUGUCUGGUUUUGUCCACCGCGAUGAUGGGCUAGUGACCGACAAGCGGGCCACUUAUGAGCUGGCCUACCGAGCAGCCAAGAGCCUUUGCGAAAGCGCCAGAUUCUUCCUCAGUGUGCAGGCUUUCAACACGAAGUCCAUGAUCAAGGAGCCCGACCAUUCAGCCAUGCUGACCGGGACUUUCGUCUGCCCCUCUCUUCGCGGUUCUCCUUUCAUGGUUCAGAGAGGUGACUUUAAUCUCUUCAUCCUGGACCAGAAGGCACCGGGGACUCGUAACAUGACGUACGAUUUUGACCUUCGGGGAAUUCACGGCGAGAAGUAUCACUUCCAUGGAUACAAAGUCGUUGAUUCUUCCGUCGCACUGGCCCCCUGGCAGUUCUGGAAGGCAACGAGCACCCUCUAUGUUACCAUCACCGAGCCCAGUCGCGACUUGGAGGCCAUUCAUAACUGUGACGAGCCGUGGCGCCGCGGGAAGGUCGUCGCCAAGGGCAUCAUGCACAUCCAGCUUGCCGACUUUGUCUCUCAGAUCAUGACCAUGACUCCUACGGGAAGCAGUCUCAUCAAAAAGGCCUACAGCGCGGCGAGCUUCCUCACCUACUUCACUCGCAAGUCGCUCUCCCUCUUCAUGGCGCCCUUCACUCCCCUACAAUAUCCCAGUGUCACCUACAACGGCUACGUCAAUGACACUCCUCCCAAGGCAUCCUUCGUCAUUGUGGCCCAUGAUGGUGUCAAGACGCGAAUGCACAUGUGGGAGCCAACCAACCCGAGCAUUGAGACCAAGAACCUCUUCAUGAUUCCUGGUGCCGCGGUCGAUCAUCAGAUCUACGCAUUACCCACAAUCAAGUAUAACGCGGUGAACUACUUCACCCGCGCCGGCUACCGCGUUUUCAUUGCUGUUCACCGCAUCGGCCAACUCAUGGUCGCUCAGAACAACUGGACGACCUACGAUGCCCGCCUGGAUUUGCAAGCCUGCCUGGAGUAUAUCCGCGACAAAUACGCCGAGGGCAACUCCAAGGAGAACAAGGUCUACUGCAUCGCCCAUUGCAUGGGCAGCGUUGCCUUCUCUACCGGUCUUUUGGACGGCACCAUCCCCUCGAGUUGGGUCCAUGGCAUCACCGGCAGCCAGGUCUUCAUGAACCCGAUCUGGGCCCCCCUCAACAUGGCCAAGGUCAUGCUGGGCCCCAUCCCCCUCGACAAGAUGUACAAGAUGGUCCUCGGAAACUGGUUCUCCUGCAGCACGGCCAAGGACGACAGCUUCCUCCAACGCGCUCUCAACGAGGCGCUGAGGCUGUACCCCGAAGAGCGCAAGGAGAUCUGCAAUAAUGCCAGCUGUCACCGCUGCACCCUCGUCUUCGGCCGCUGCUGGAAUCACAACAACCUCAACGAGGCGACGCACAGGCAGAUUGACCGCUUCUUUGGCGGCGUCAACAUGACGCAGCUGCAGCUCCUCAUGAAGCAAGGGUACGAGGGCCACGUCAUGACCAACGGCCCGCUCUUCCGCCCUCUCACGACGACGGAGAACAUUCGCAGGCUCAAGGGCGUCCCUGUCAUGCUCUUCGUGGGCAGGGAUAACGCCGUGCUCACGCCUGAGGCGACGGAGCGAACGUAUGAAAUCCUAUGCGAUACUUUUGGCUCGCACGGUGGACAUGGCCAGGGCGGGCUUCAAUACCGUCGUCGCGUCGUCCCCGGGUACGGACAUCUCGACUGCUGGAUGGGCCGCAACGCGUGGAAGGAUGUGUUCCCCUUCGUCAGAGAGGAGGUCGAUCGCGUCGUUCGUGGCGAAGACUACCAGUUUGUCGAUCCUGAUGACAAGUUCUCCCGCAUGGCGGAAAGCGGCGAGUUGCUCUACUAA